AUGAAUAGGGGUAAGGCACCCGCCAUUCCGUCCUCUGGUCCUACUAGAGAGUUCAUGAAAUGGACUGAGGACAUGGACGCACGUCUACUACACUGCAUGAUCGAGGAAUCAAGAAUGGGUAAUAGGGUUGAUGGAAGCUGGACAACCCAAGCAUAUACUAACAUAGUUGAUCAUCUUCAAAGCGCUGGGUAUGUCGCAGUUACAAAAAAUAAUGUAAAAAAUCGUCAGAAAGUGUUAAAGGAUAAAUGGCGUGAGGUGCAUGACUUGUUCUCUGGAUUGAGUGGAUUUGCUUGGAAUCCAGUAAGUAUGACAUUUCAUGCAAAGGACGAAGUAUGGCUUGACCUGAUUCAGUCACGGCCCGCUGCGGCGAAGUGGAGAGUUAACAGUAUAAAACACUACGAUUUAAUGGUCGAGUUAUGGGCAGCUGAUCGAGCUACUGGGAGUGGUGUUCGAACUGCUCGUCAAGCUCGAAGACAACGUGUUGGUCCUCAUGUAAGUGUUGAUUUGAAUCAAAAUAUUGAGUACAUUCCAGAACAGUCUCAGUGGAUAGGGUACAGAGACCCAACUCCACCAUCGCCUCCUCCAUCUGUUGAUGAAUAUAGUCCGGGACAGACUCAAUAUGUGCCUUCCGUCCCAUCUGGUGGGACUUCUUCCUCACGAGGCUCGAAAAGGAAGGCACCUAUGGUGGAUUCUAUUGAUACCCAAUUUGAUAAGUUGACGACUAGUCUGGAUGGGUUUGCAAAUGUACUAAGCUCAUCAAAUGUACAUUUUGGUGUAAUUUCUGAUGCCGCCGUGCGUCAAGUAUCAGCGAUGCAGGACAGAAAUGAAAUACUACGUUCCCAAACCGAGAUUCUUCGUUGCACCCCCAAUUACACAUAUACUGAGGCGGACAUUUAUGAAAUGUUGACUGCUAUGAACAUCAGUGACGAUAAUUUGCUAGAGCAGUGCUAUGAUUUCUUAUGUAGAAACCCGACAUGCACGAAGAGGUUGAUGGGAUUGCCACCACAUAAGCGGUGGAACAAAUUAUGUAAAAUGAUAUCGGGCGGUGACUGUUAA